CUCAAAGGUCAAAGAGCAUGCAGGCAUAUAGUUUUUUCUAUUCAACGCCCGCCAGUAAUGUCUGUUCCAGAUGUUGUUGCUGUAAACCAAUCCGAUACUACUCCACCUGUGCCCACCACUAACACAGAUGCAGCUAAAAGACAUCAGGAGGCCAGGGACCUGCUGUCGGGAUACUUAAACAGACGAAUGCGUGUUUUUCUGAGUGAUGGCAGAGUUAUUAUCGGUAAUUUCUUGUGUACUGACAGAGACAGCAACUUGGUCCUGGGAAACUGCGAAGAAUAUCUCAGCCAAGAUGACUUGACUGAUAUGCUGGUGGAGGGCAGUACCCACGUUCCUCGUCAGCCUCGUACAGUCGGGCAGACCAUUGUACCAGGACAUCACAUCAAGAGUCUCUCCAUUGCCAAAGACCUCCCCGUUCAGAAUUUCUACAUAGAACCCACAACUAGCAGUGCGUCAGCCAGUCCUGAGUCAAGUAUAGAGCCCAAGCCCAAGAACACUGAACAAUUGGAUGAUAACUGUACUGAUACAUGUACUUGAUAUAAUUAUUUUUAUUGAACAUUUUUCAUGCAUGGUUAAAUUGG